AUGCCUUCAAAGAAAAUUAUCAAGAAAAGAGUGGCUCCUCCGCCGUCGAUGGUCAGGAAAUCGGAAAUAACAAAGAAGGAACAAAAUCCUCUAUUCGAGAAACGACCACGUAAUUUUUCAAUAGGCCAGGACAUCCAGCCAAAACGAGAUCUAACUAGAUUUGUGCGAUGGCCCAAAUAUAUUCGUUUACAACGUCAGAAAGCUGUUUUGAUGAAACGCUUAAAAAUUCCACCACCAAUUAAUCAGUUCCGUACAACACUUGAUAAACAGACAGCUACGCAGUUGUUCCGUUUGGUAGAUAAAUAUCGUCCAGAAAUGAAGCACCAGAAGACGGAGCGAUUAAGGGCGCGAGCGGAAGCUCGGACUGCAGACAAAAGUGAAGAAGUAAUAAAGCGUCCGUCAGUGGUUCGUUCGGGUGUAAACCAAGUUACGAAGCUCGUAGAACAAAAGAAGGCACAGUUGGUUGCUAUUGCGCAUGAUGUUGAACCUAUUGAAAUUGUCCUUUUUCUUCCAGCUCUUUGCCGUAAAUUCAAAGUACCAUAUUGUGUUGUCAAAGAGAAGGCACGUCUUGGCCAAGUUGUUCAUCGAAAGACUGCCUCUUGUAUUGCUAUCGUUGAUACAAAUCCUGAAGAUAAGGUAGCUUUAUCGAAACUGAAGAACACAGUGAUAGCGAAUUAUAAUGAACGCGCUGAUGAGAUCCGAAAGCAUUGGGGAGGUGGUAUUAUGUCAACCCGUUCACAGGCAAAGAAAGCAUGGAUUGAAAGAGCACGAGCUAAAGAAUUCGCACAAAAAGUUUAA